AUACAUAACACAGAAACCGUUUAUUAUCAAAAAGAGAUGACGUCGUUGGUUCAGGUUCUUUCAUAACUGCUUCAUUGAUAGCAUCCAGCUUUUCAUAGUUGGGAAGAUAACCACUUACUCGAUUUACUGGUGCACCAAUGGUCGGACUUUUAUGAAGCCACUACACUACAUCAAAGAAGCGAUUUUAUCAGCAGUUACUUCGUUUAAAAAGGAAGUAGACGCUUGUCAUUGUCGUGAAUCCUUUAGUCAACCGCCCGCUAAGUCCCUUUUUUUUUGCCCUUUGCCUCGAAUCAAGUUAAUUUGGCUCAUCAAGGAUAAACCUUCUCCAUUCUUUUGUAGACUACUAAAUGUACUACUCUUUUCAACUUUAGCUUUGCGUUAGUUUAAUAUGCUCUCUGUAUUCUUCUCCAUGUCAAGUUGAACAAUGGUCUUAUGAGUUUAGAGACGAAGUCGGUAACUCGUGGCUACAAUAAAUAAUUCAACAAAUGCUUGAAAAAUGGACUUGUGAGGAGAAACAUUCCCGAAUAAUGCUUCGGAAAGAAAAGUUGGAUCAAAGAUGGCACAACUCUAAUAGUUUUAUGAACUCGUAAAUCUUUUCUCUAUUCAUAUGAAUCUAUCCAUUCUUCUAUGUUCGACAAACGAAUUGGGAAUCUUUGGGUUAAUAGUUUUGGAGGUGUGCAGGAUUCACUCAGAGGCUAAAGUUUGAAAAAAUAAAGACGGGUUAGCCUAAGCAAUCAUAUUGAAUGAAGAUUUAUGGAUUUCUGAUAUGGACUUUUGACGACGAUACUGACGAAUCAUAAUACAGCUAAAUUGAGGUGUACAUCUCUAAAGUUGCAAAUUUACUGAUUUGUGAGCAUCACUGAGAUAGCGUCUUAUAUUUUCAGAAUGAAACUUUAUAGUUUGACAAACUUCGAAACUAGGGAACAUCUAAACAUUUGUUCUCUAAUAUCAGAAAGCGACACUAUCUCAUAUGAAACAUGUUCAUAUUACUUUGUUCCCGGAGAACUUGCCAAAUGUAACAUUCAAAAUGUGCAAAAACAUUAACCUUAGUUUUACCAUUGUGAA